CUCCUUCCUGCCAACAUUUCUAACUUUUCGACGUCCUCCAUCUAUUGAUUCCUCAAAAUGGAAAACAAGACAUGGGUAAUGCUUGAGAACAACCCUAAUGUAAUGAACCAAUUGGCCGCGAAGUUGGGUCUAUCGUCCGAGCUCCAAUUCUACGACGUCUAUUCCCUGGAUGAAGAACAACUCGCACAUAUCCCUCGACCUGCCCUGGCUCUGCUGGUCAUCAUUCCACUUACAGAAGCUUGGGAUCGAAGUCGCAAGGCUGAAGACGCUGACAAAGAACCCUACACUGGCUCCGGCCUUGAUGAGCCGGUAAUCUGGUUCAAGCAGACCAUCGGCCACGCCUGUGGAUCCAUCGGUCUGCUCCAUAGCGUGAUCAACGGUCCGGCCGUCGACUUUAUCAAGCGUGAUUCCGAUCUCGCAGCGAUACGAAGCCUCGCCAUACCGCUAGAUAUGACCAAACGCGCCGAAAUGCUGUACAACAGCGGGCCAUUCGAAUUUGCUCACAAGUCGGUCGAGCUGGCCGGCGACAGCGCUGCGGAUCCAACGGGUGAGCGUGAGGGUGGGCAUUUUGUGAGUUUUGUCAAGAGCGGUGGGAAGCUCUGGGAGCUUGAAGGGUCGAGGAUGGGUCCUCUGGAGAGAGGAAGUCUUGCUGACGACGAGGACGUUCUCAGUCCGCGAGCGCUUGACAUGGGCAUCAAGAGGAUCAUCAAGUUGAACGCGGAUGGAGGAGGAGGGGACCUUCUUUUUAGCUGCAUUGCUUUGGCUCGCGGGUCUUAGGCUCUGACUGGGAAUCGGCACACACGCAUUACGGAUAUACUAGGCUGUAUUCGGAGCAUCUAAUGAGAUUCGAGAAGACAUUAUCUUGCUCCCUAGAUCUACACGAGACCAGAACGGACACUCGAAUCUCUCCAUGUUAUAGCACGAGAGAAACGGGCUUUACUAACAUGGCUGCAAGAUUCCCAGAGAGGAAUAUCGAACCUUUGCAGUUGCGCAGAAUAGGUAGACGUGUUAUGUAGAAGUUCUGACCGUGAACAGGUUGCUAUAGUCCUCUAGCCUACGACUCUACGUGUACUGGCCCUCUACAAAC